GAUGCAUCACUUCUGGAGGAAGUGAUGCAGAAUGUGUGCGUCCCGGGUGGGGCGUGGUUGGCUCUCUGUUUAAACUCUGUCUUCUCCUCUAUGGCAUUAACACCAUCUGGAUGGAAAACUUAAAAGCAAUUCUGUGAUUUCAAUAAAUUCCUUUAGAGGUACUCAAGAUGGAGGUUCCUGAGGGGAUUCCUUUACCCGCAGACACUAUGGCUGAAGAGGGCCUGGUGUCAGAUCACAGUUUUUCUCACGCACCAGAAGAGACUUUAGAGCAAGACGUUGGCUCAUUGAAACCAAACGCUGUUGAUGUUUUUGAGAAGUCGUCGGAGUUGAGAUUGGAGUCGGAGGAAAUUCCCACUCACAACCCAGAUGAGACGACAGAGAGAGGCCAUGGCUCGUUGGAUGGAAGCAGUGUUGAUCUGUUUGAGAAGUCUUCUGAGUUAAGACAGGAGUCGGAGGAAAGUCUCGCUCAGGACAAGACAUCAGAGCGAGACAAUGGCUCAUCGGUUGAUGUUUGUGGGAAGCCACCUGAGAUACUGGUUGAGGAAAGCCUCGGGCCCUCAGAAAGUUGUACUGUUGUUGCAGAAUCUUGCACUGACGGCUUGGUUGAGGAGACGGAUCCCUUAAUGUCUCAAGAAGACCAUAAGACAAAGGAAGAGGAAAAUAUUUAUUCUGGAAGUGGUGAAGGUGCCGAGAUCCGAAGUGGAGACAAAGUCACAGAGGCGCAAGGGUCGCUGGUUUCAGAAGAUCAGGAUUGUGAGGAGCCACCCAGCAAGAAGCCUUGUAUUGAUCACCCGGAGCUGGUCUGUGAUGUUUGCUCCCAUGAGGUGGAAGAAGACGUCCAGGAAGUGGGCGUAGAAUUGGCGAAUCCAGAGGACUUGACCGCAACUACAGAGGAGGAGAACUAUUUCCCGGCAUCGUACGACUUCUCUCAGCCUCCAUGGACAGUGACCGGGGCAUGGAACGAAUACACAAACGUUCCCGAAAACUUCCUGAAAGGCUGCAAGUGGGCUCCUGAUGGGUCGUGUAUUUUAACCAACAGUGAUGACAACAUCCUGAGGGUAUACAAUCUUCCAUCGCAGAUCUAUUCCGGAGAAUGGGAUUUGUUGACGGAAAUGACCCCGGUUUUGCGCAUGGCAGAGGGUGACACUAUUUAUGAUUACUCCUGGUAUCCGACUAUGAACUCGGCUGAUCCCGACACUUGCCUUAUUGCCAGCAGCAGCCGGGAUAACCCUAUUCAUGUGUGGGAUGCCUUCACUGGAAAAACGAAAGCAUCUUAUAGACCUUACAAUCAUCUCGAUGAACUGACAGCUGCGCACUCCCUCAGUUUCUCUCCGGACGGGUCUUUGCUUUUUGCUGGUUUUGAUAAAAUGAUCCGGGUGUUUAAUACUUCUCGCCCAGGAAGAGACUUUGAAUGUCGACCUACUUUCCACAAGAAGCAGGGUCAGCCGGGUAUCAUCUCCUGCAUUGCUUUCAGCCCCACUCAAGACAUUUACGCCUGCGGCUCCUAUUCCAAGUGUCUGGGCCUGUACUCCUAUGAGGAAGGGAUCAUGCUGUCAGUUCUGCACGGUCAUCAUGGAGGGGUUACCCACGUUCUCUUCUCACCGGAUGGAAACUGUAUCUUCACCGGAGGCAGGAAGGACCCUGAGAUUCUAUGCUGGGACGUUCGACAUCCUGGCAAGCUUUUGUGUUCGAUGAAGCGAGAAGUUAACACCAAUCAGAGGAUCUACUUUGAUAUGGAAAUCUCGGGGCGUUACCUCCUCAGCGGGGACACUCACGGCUUGGUGACAGUCUGGGAUAUGGUGUCGCCUCCUGUGGAAGGUUUUUUAUCACCUGCCCUCCAGUUUCAAGGCCAGGGUAACUGUGUUAACGGAAUCAGCCUGCACCCCUCUCUACCCAUCUUGGCCACCACAUCGGGGCAGAGGACCUUUCCCGAGUCUGAGGACAGCAGCGACGAGUCCCCGGCCACCGAGCGGCCGAAACACAGCCUAGCCGGAGAGAACUGUCUGCAGCUCUGGUGGUGCGGUGGGAGUCAGGCCAAGUAAAGAAGAGGAUUCUGGGAAACGUCAUCGCCUACAAAAGAUCCAUUUUGCACAAACAUACAGUGUGGGAUAUUUUCUCCAUCCUGAUCCACACUGCAUGUCUGGCAGAUGGUUCCCAUCCAUGUAAUCUUGUGUAUAUACAGUAUUUUGUUUAUAAAACCCUCAGGAUUUUUUUAUGCUGUGUAUAUAUUCCCUGUGACAAGCUGUGUAUAUAUGUUUUAUACUUGUGUACAGGUUUUGUUCAUCGUUUCAGGCAAUAAACCGUCACCAGUCUGACACCUUUGUAAUAA